AUGGCAACCACUCAUUCAUCAUGGCUCGACGAGGCCUUCAAGUCUGCAAAGGAAGACUUCAAGAAAAGCCUCAAAAAUCCGGCCUUAUAUGACUUUUCAACUGUCAACUCUGUAGACGACGUAGUCGACGAAGCGAUCAAGAUACAGAAGCAACAAGCAAAGACCAAGACACUCCGAGGGUUAAAACGUAUUAACCCACUCCUCAACGGUCUCAAGGAAUACGCCGCCGUCAUCGAAGUGUUCGUGCAAGUAAAGCCCGACAUUAUGGGUCUCAUUUGGGGUCCACUCAAGUUCAUACUCCAAGCGUCAAGCGCUAUCAUUUCAGUUUUCGACAAAGUAGCCAAAGUCAUAGGCGACCUAGGCACGACGCUCCCUAGUUUCAAGGUUUAUGCUCAGUUAUUUGAGUCCAACCACGAGAUUCGCCGAGCGUUAUGUCUCUUCUACGCAGAUAUUCUUGACUUCUAUGCCGUAUUACUAAACUUUCUCUCCAACCGAAGGCUGAAUGUAUUUUUUGAGUCUUUAUGGCCUAAUAUUCGUUCGAGUAUAGCGAAGAUUCAGGAAAAUAUGGAGCAUCAUAAAGCCAUGAUCACGGCAAAUGUAACACUGGAAGAUAUCCUACAAGCUCACCAAGCCAGGAAACUCGCCCUUGAAGAGCAUGCAUGUGCCCAGGCCUUCCGAGAAAGCCAGACCUUCAGUGCUAUCCGCAACGAACUCAAUCCACAUAACUACGACGUAGAGUUGAUGGACAUCCUACGCCGGAGUUCUGUCACGUCUGGUAAUUGGUUAGACGAAGAAACGGACUUUAGAAAAUGGUACGACCCUACAGAUAGUAACAUACGACGCUUAUGGCUUCACGGUAUUCCUGGUUGUGGCAAGACUUUUGUUGUCGGUAACCUCAUAAAAAAGAUGCAGAGCUCUGGUCAACGGGUCAUCUUCGUCUUCUUGUCGCACGAUGACCAGGCUGCUGGUGACACUGUCAAAGUCCUCCAUUCGCUCAUUUUCCAGCUUCUCGAAUACGACGCAACCCUCCGGCCAAUCGUCUAUAAAACCUCUCAACCUAAUUACAGGAAACUGAAAAGUGAUUCUAGUUUCGUCUUGGACCUACUAUGUACCAUUCUCAACAGUAUAGGGGCCAGUUACCUCAUACUGGAUGGCUUAGAUGAGUUAAAUGAGAACUCCUGGAAGCAUCUCCUCUCUGGCGUGUUGCAAAUCAACGAAAAAUGUCCAGAGACGAAGUUUCUUAUCAGCAGUAGGGAAGAUCGUGAAAUCUCGCUACAACUCGAGAGCGAAUAUGUUCCUCUUCGAGUCGAUUACGAAAAUCUUCAUGAUAUUGAUUCAUUCGUCCAGCUUGAAUUCCUGCAGAUGGUAAAGAAUCAGGGAACUCUUUACGACAUCGAGAUGCAGAUGGAAAAUCUCCCGGAUGGGCUAGACCAAGCUUAUGGACGCCUCCUUGAUAGGAUUAAGAGUGGGCUUGCGCAGGCUCUCCGUGACGCUGUGCGUGUUAUAUUACAAUGGGUAGCCUGCGCCCAGAGACCCCUAAGGGAAGAGGAGAUACUACAAAUACUAGCCGUGGAGCCAGGAAAGUCUGAUUUCACAAAGGGGCGUAAGGUAUUUCGCGAUAUUUGCAAGGCAUGCGGUCCGAUCAUUGAGGUUCAUGGAGGAUUUAUUCGGUUUGUUCACUUUUCCGCUAAAGAAUACCUUCUCCACGAACAGAGCGGUAGUUUCCUUAACCUCACCGAAGCACAUCUCAGCGCUGCUUUACUUUGCACAACGUACCUAUCAUUCUCGUCGUUAAAUCCGCUAUUCUGUUUCCCGCCAGAAGUACAGGACGAUAUCCAAAGGCGAAUUAUGGAUGGCGAUUAUGUCAUGUUUGAAUACAUGUCGGCGGCGUUUCUGGAGCAUCUUAAGAUAUACUUGCAGAGUCGAGAUCUAGAUCUAGAUAUUUCUCUUGUUACAACUCUAAGACAACUCCACGAGGUCCGAAACACCGCCUCUAUCAAUAGUGAGCAUAUUCCAAACCGGUUUAUUCGUGCAUUCAAGGAUUUGGCCAAUGUGCCUGAGCUUCAAGCUUUUCUCUCGGCCGCAGCCUACUCUCAGACACAAGCUAAGCUCGGGGUAACCAACCCAGAUGAUUUCUCCAUCAGUGACCCUCUCCGGAUCUUCUUAGCUCGGCGAAGACUUCGGCGGGUCAUCGAAAGUAUGAUAUGUCAGGGACCGAACCAUAUACUUGGCUGUCGUUGCAAGCAUCUGGAACAUCUUUACGGGACGAAGAUGUAUCAUUGCGAUCAAUAUUUUUGCUACGCAUACCAAAGUGGAUUUGAGUCGAAACAAGCCAGAGAUCAACACGUGGAAAUCCACAAACGCUCACACAAAUGUCCUGCGGCAAACUGUCUAUUUUCAGAGAUAGGGUUCUGCGAUGCAACGGAGCUUCAAAGACACACGCGCGCAGCACAUCCUUCAGGGAUACUCGAGAGGAAUCACGCAGACUCCGGCGCGUUACUUUCUCGACCGUCAGACGACCUAUUCAAUAUCUUUAAGAGUGUUAUAGCACUAGAUGAGUGGCAAAGAAUCGAAGAAAUGCUGAUUGGAAUACAAGAAACUAGUUUCGAGAAAUCCGCAUGGUAUCUGUUUAUAUGUCUAGCUUCCUCGAAAGCAUCCUCAACUACUCUCUCUUGUCUACUUGAUCAACCGUGGCUCGAUUUAUCGGAAUUUCCAUUUGCAUUGGCAGCGGCAUUACAGGCUGAAAACUUCCCAAAUAUCAAGCUCUUGCUCUCUCGUGGACUAAAUAUGUCAACAGCCCUACAUGUCGAUAAAUUACCAUGCGAGAACACCGAUGAACUAUCUUGGAAAGUAAGCUACAGGUCUGGAUACAUUUGUGCGUUCCAAAGGUGGAGUCCAAACCUGAUAUUCUUUUUGGUCAACGAAUGUCAGGUUGAGUUCCCCGAGCAAAUUGAUAAUAUAGAAAUGAUCUUCGGUAGUCGUCGGAUUGGUUUAUAUACCCCCGAUGAAGCGACGAAGCGUUUUAACGAAAUGAAACAGUACAUAAUUUGGCCCGAGGUAUAUACUCGAGGUGUUAAGGAAGCUAUGAGGAGUAGACAGGUUGUUGCUCUUAAGAUAUGUCUAGAAAACGGAGGUAGCCCGAAUGCAACCAUUAUUAUGCAUAUCCAUGAUAGUAAGGAAAGGAGCCCAAUGCACCACGCAAUUUCUAUAGGAGGCAAAAAAGGUGCCGAGUUAGUGAAGCUACUUUUAAAGCACGGUGCAACGGUGGGAGAAGGGUUAGAUCUUCACUUGAAAAUGAUGAGAAAAAGGUUGGCUACAAUUGAAGAAUACUUUGGGUACAAAUUGGAAGAAGUUGUUCGCAGAAUCCAAGCAGGUGAGGACCUUGCUAUAACCCUGCCUAGAAGGAAAAAACGAACAAUAGGUCUAGGUUAA